UGUAUGUUGGGACUCUGUCUGAUUCAUUGAACUGGAGUUUUACAACCUUCAGGACUCAGACAGAGAUAUAAAAUAGUUCAGUUUGAACAUUGAGAUAGAAAUUCUCGUGACAUUAAGAGAUGGAGUCAGUCUGUGUUCUGUUGCUGGCCUUCUGCAGUCUGUCUGGGGCGCGAGGCCUAACCGGCUCCCAAUCGGACAUCUGCACUGUGCUGAGAGAACUUAGCGCCAAAGUGGAACAUCUGGAGAAGGCAAGUAAUGCGAGACUUAAGGUGGCGUUCUCAGCAUCACUCUUCCCACCUGCAUCAGCUGAAAAUAGAGGGCCCUUUGAUAAUGACACCACCCUGAUAUUCAAAAAUUUUAACACAAACAUUGGCCAAGCCUACAGCUCUGGAACAGGUAUCUUUGCUGCACCGGUGAGAGGGGUCUACUACUUCACGUUCACUUGCAAUUCUGGGACUACAGGAAAAGUGAAUGCGGCCCUGUUGAAGAACGGCCAAAAUAUGGCUGCCAUGGUUGGAAGUGGUGAUGUUGACAGCAUGGGGUCAAAUAGUGUAAUACUGCAGUUAGAUGAAGGUGAUCAAGUGAACAUUAUCCUCUGGGGUGGCAACAGCAUCUAUGACAAUGGAUACAGGAGCAUAUUCACUGGUGCCCUGCUCUUUCCAAUGUGAGGAGAGCAUACCAUUUGCUUUAAUGAUUGUAAUGUUUUGUAGGAAUGUACAGUCAUAUGAAAAAGUUUGGGCACCCCUGACAAUUUCCAUGAUUUCCAUUUAUAAAUAAUUGGGU